AUGGUGACACAGAUAAUAGCAGUGAUUAUGAUGAUGAUAGUGAUUAGUGCAGAUGCAUUGGACAGAAAUGGUGUAUUUGAUCCCUGUUCAGAUGCAAAGAUUCAGAGAUGGGAUGGGUUUAGCUUUGGUCUUGCAUAUUCUUCAAGAGAAUCGUUCUUUUUCAAUCAGACUCAGCUAUCACCUUGUGAUCAACGGCUCUCUUUAUCUGGUAGUAAAGCUCAACUCGCCGUCUAUAGGCCAAAGGUUGAUGAGAUUACUCUCCUCACCAUCGAUAGCAGCACCUUCGAUCCGAAUUUGUCUGGAGGGUAUAUGGUUGCAUUUGCUGGACGGCAAUAUGCAGCAAGAUCACUGCCAGUGUUAGUUGCUGAUAAUAGUAACACCAUAACAAGUUUCACUCUUGUCCUUGAAUUCCAAAAGGGUACUCUACAAAACUUGUAUUGGAAGAAAUUUGGGUGCAAAAAGUGCUCUGGGGAGCCCUUUAUAUGUUUGAACAACCAAGAUUGUGCAAUACGAACCUCGAAGUGUAAGAGCAGUGGUGGAUCUGUUGACUGCAGCUUUAGCAUACAGCUCGCUUUCUCAGGUACAGACAAGAACCACAAUGUGCUGAAUUCAUGGUAUGAGGUGGAAAAACUUCGGCAAUACUCCCUCUAUGCCCUGUUUUCUGAAUUUCGUGAUUCUCUCCCUGGCUUUAAAAAUCUUUUCUAAGCCUGUAUAAUAGCUCUAUUAAA